AUGCCGACAACAAUACAGCGCGAUAUGAUCGCUUCACCCAGCGAUGCGGCAGGUGCCGACGAGCUCGCCAAGACCUUUGUCGUCCCUUUAGGCUCGCGCUCGUACAGCAAGCAGUACGCCCAACUGUACGACUACCGUCUAGCGUACCUCAAGAAGCGCAUCUUGCCGCGUGCAAAGGCGCGUUGGGUCGACAACUUCGAGACCUUCUCCCAGUCGCAGUCUCAGCCAUCGUCUCAGCUCGACCCAUCCGACGCGGGGCCCUCAUCGCCACGACUCAGGAUGCAGGAUCCGCCCAAGUUGGUCGAUCGAAUCCUCGACGUGCGCCAUGGCGACAUCUGCUAUGUCGUCGGUAAUGUAUACUGCGCUAUGCCACUCAAGCCCGACGUCCUCGAAGACCUCACGCGCGAGCAAUGGCUCGCUCCACAACCAGUGCGUGCCAAGUACGUCGACUAUGACAAGGACGAGCUGCUCAUCGAGGACCAGAGUGGACGCGUAAAGCUCGUCGGCGAUGCUAUCCGAAGCGGCGGUCCGCUUCGCUCCAUGCUCAUCACAGGGGUUGUCGCCGCUGUGCUAGGCACCGAGACGCGCACCGGCGAUUUCGACGUAGUCGAUGCCGUCUUUGCGUCCCUUCCCGUGCCUCCACCAGCGGCUCCGAUAUCGACCAAGAAAGCUGCCGCUGGUGACGAUCAGUGGGUUGUUCUCAUGAGCGGCAUGGCCAUCGGCGGCGAGUCGGCGCUCGAGUCGGAGCUCGCCAUGCAGCUUCUCGUCGAGUACCUCACUGGCGAGCUUGGAGACGAUGCAGAUCGGGCGUCGAGCUCAUGCGUGGUCGCAGCCAUCAUUGCGGGCAACUCGCUCGCGCCACCCACACGCUCCGAGGACGAAGAUCGCCCCAAACGCUACGGGCAGGAGCAGCCGACGUUUUCGUCGGCGCCAACGCUGGCGCUCGACCAGCUGCUCUCCGACCUGUGUUCCGCCAUGCCGGUCCAUCUGUUGCCCGGCGAGCGCGAUCCAGCGUCGGUGGCCAUCCCGCAGCAGCCCAUCCACUUUGCGCUCCUCCCGCGCGCCGGCCGCUUCGACUCGCUCCACCGCCACACCAAUCCGGCGUGGCUGUCGCUGGGCAACCUCAAGCUGCUGGGCACCUCUGGUCAGAACAUCGACGACAUCUUCAAGUACGUCGACGAGCCCGAUUCGGCACGUAUCGACAUGGCACUGCGCACGCUCGAGUGGGGCCACCUCGCACCCACCGCGCCCGACACGCUGUGGUGCUAUCCAUUCAAGUCGACCGACCCGUUCGUGCUCAAGGAUCGUCCGGACGUGCUAUUUGUCGGCAACCAACCGAGCUACGCCUCUGCCAUGUACACGUUCGACCCCGACAUCGAUGCCAAGGCUCAUCAAGGAUGCAGGGUGGUGCUCGUGCCCGAAUUUGCAAGGACCAGACAGGUGGUGCUGCUCAACCUCGCCUCGCUCGACACCAAACUCGUCACCAUCGACGUGCCACUGUAG